GUCUGAUUGGCCCUUCUUGAUUUUGAUUUCGCGAGAUAAGGCGAGGAAACUGACGUUUCGGUGAAAAUCUGUGAUCUAAUUUGACAGUUGCAUUGGAGCUUGUCUUUAAGAAAACAUUGUGCUAAAGGCGCAACUCUCGACAUUGAUAUAAUUGAGGUGUUGACGAUAGGUGGAAAAAUGUUCUCUUCAAGGUUUUCAUUGCUCUUUUUGAGCUUCAUUAUCGUGGGAACAGCACUGACUUACGUUCGAGCCAUGCCUGUUGAAGAAUAUGAAUAUCCACUCAAUGGCGUCGACAAUGAGGUUUUUGAGGAUGAAAUAUCGGCGGACAAAAAUGGCGUCGUCGAUGAUGAUGAAGUAGAAGAAGGAGAAGCAGAUGAACGAAAUGUUUUCAACGAACUUGACACAGAAAUCGAGGGAGAAGCCGCAAAGGAGGAGGCAGAAGAAGUUGAAUUAGACAAGGGUAUAGAAGAAGAUGAAGAGGAGAAAGCCGAAGAAGAUAUUGCAGAAGAUGAGGAGAAGAAAGAUGAAUCUGAUGAAGAAGAGUUUGAAGAAGAAAUAGCGGAUGCUGAAGAGAAAAGUGAAGAAGCAGGCAAAGAUGACGAAGAAGCUGCAGAAGAGGAAGAAAAGGCUGCUGCUGAGGAGGAAGAAGCGGCCGAGGAAGAAGAAAAAGCAAUUGCUGAAGAGGAAGCAGAUGCUGCUGAAGAGGAAGAAGCUGCUGCUGAAGAGGAAGAUGCUGCUGACGAGGAGGAAAAAGCUGCUGAGGAAGAAGAAGAAGAAGAAAAAGGAUUUCCAUACAGCUGGUAUGAUAAAGUGAAGAAAUUUUUUAAAGGACAAAAGUAAAACAAAUGCACAGUAAAACAUAUUACGACGUUGAAAUGAUUCUGAAGAACUGAUUUCAUCUUAAAGUACACUACUAUAGAUUUGUUUUACCUAAGAAAUUGUCGGUUAAAAAUGUGUAGAAAUCGAAAUUAGUUAAAUAUGUAUAUAUAAUAUAACCUCAUUGUCUUAAACGUUUGUUCAAAUGUAUUAUAUGAUGUAUAAAUUUCAAAGACUGCCGCUGUUAAGCUCAAGAUAUCUUUCUAGGUGACUGUGAAUCUAUAAGACAUUUAUAAGCUACAUUGUAUUAAAAAAGACAAAAGAAAAUUAUUUAAAAAGUUUGACAAAAAUUAUAAAAAGUAAUUAUUUAAAUAGCUUCUUUAACUUAAAAAAUAAAUUUUAAGUUGCUAAAAGUGCGUGGAUAUUUACUUAAAUUCGAAAACAUUUAAAGGAAAAAAAAUACUUUAUUGUCAAAUGCUUCAAUUUUAUACUUAAUUGAUUCAUAAAAAGUAAAUAAUUUUUAUUUUCAAACACAAUGGAACAAAAUUCUUUAAGUAUAAUUUAGUUUAUGCAAUAUUUUUCAUGCACUUAAAAUUCUAAUAUCAAGCAAAAUGUUUUGAGAAAGUGAUUGCAUAAAAUUAUAUGCAAUCUCAAUGCUAUAUGUUCUACAAUCUCUAUUUUGAACAUGAAAAAAAAACUGUUUUUAAAAACAUUAGUAUUUGAAACAUUCUCCAUGUAUAAAGAGAUACCUGUAGAAAUGUAAUUUCUAAAAAAAUAAAAUCAUGAAUUCUUUUGCUG